UCAAACAGCAGGAAACACUAAAUGAAAAGAUCACUACUACACCUCAACAUCUCUCCCCAAGCUACUUAACAAGCUCAAGGAACGUUACUGAAGGAGCUCUGGUUGCCAUGGCAAAGCGUGUAGCUGUGAUCCUGUCUGGCUGUGGGGUGUACGAUGGAAGUGAAAUCUAUGAGUCUUCAGCAGUUAUGAUCCACCUCAGCAGAGCCAAUGUGAAGGUUAAUGCCUAUGCCCCCGAUGUGGAUCAGAUGCACGUGGUGAACCACAUAAAGGGGGAGCCGACGGGAGAGUCGCGUAACGUGUUGACAGAGAGCGCCCGGAUUGUCCGCGGAAACAUCCAGGACCUGGCCACACUGAAACUCGCCGACAACGAUGCUCUCAUCAUCCCCGGUGGGUUCGGUGUAGCCAAGAACCUGAGCACAUGGGCGACGCAGGGGAAGGACUGCGAGGUGAACCCGGCUGUGGAGAAAGCCAUCAAGGAUUUCCACAAAGCUGGCAAACCCCUGGGGCUGUGCUGCAUCUCCCCUGUCCUGGCAGCCAAGCUCCUGCCUGGCUGUGAGCUCACUGUGGGCCAUGACAAGGAGUGUGAAAUGUGGCCUAAUGCAAAUACAGCCAAAGUGAUGAAGGAGCUUGGCUGCAAACACAUUAACAAGCAUGUAAAGGAGGCUCACGUGGAUGUCAAAAACAAGCUAGUGACCACCAGUGCUUUCAUGUGCAACGCCCCAGUGCACGAGAUCUUCGAUGGGAUCGGGGUCAUGGUUGAAGAGGUGCUGAAACUUGUCUAGCUGGACCAAAACAGGGAGUCCUUGUGCAACUGUCUGGAGAGAGAUGUAGCAUAGCUACAGUAGCAUGGUAUUAAACUACAGUGUAAUUACAAGGCAUUUGUUUCUAGGUGUACUACUGUACCAUUUCAAAUGUGGGACUACACUGCACCAGACAGAGAUCACAUACAGUACUAACCAAAACAGUGGAAUGACCCUGAAACUGCAGUUGAAAAUCCAUGUAACGGCAUAGUGUAUUGAGUUUGCAGUUUAAUGUUGGGCCUUAUUUAUCACAUCCUUAAAGAAACUCUAGCCAGCUAAACUCCUGUACUAGAGAAUGUCAUUUUAAGGAGUGUCACUUGUUCUGUUUCAGCUGAUGCUUAACAUAGUAAAAUGUGCAUUUUGUAAAAUCCGUAUAAAAAUAUGAUAGUACUGUUUUAAAACAAUAUAGUUACCUAUAGUAUUUACUAUAAUAUUGUCUAGGAAACUAUUGUAUAGUGGCUUUAGAUGGUACAACAGUAUAUGCUUAUGUUUGUUUCACUGUGAGUUAUCCUGCUUCUUAUUCAGUGUGUGUAUAUGUUUAUGUUUCAAUAAAUAACUAGACAAAGA